AUGGUACCUGGAAUCAAGGUCCAGAGUUUCGAGUUCUUCAAGUUCUUCCCGAUUUACUCCUCUCUCAAGAGAGUUUUUCUAAAUCUUGUAUCAAACUUAAGUGCACAGGAAUUGGUGCGUAUUGGCGUCGAGAAUCCACCCCUAGAUGUGUUGAAUGCUGACGUUGAAGAUGAUGGCGAUGAUCUGCAUAUCACCGAUGAGGGCUUCGUUAAGGAGUGGCUCCCUAGGGUUUCCGGAGCUUUGAAAUUGCUUUCACUAUCAGAUUUUUGGGUUCAGUCUAGUAGGCGUCGAUCAGAAGUGUUGUCACUGAUCUCUGCGCACUGUCAAAAUCUUAUUGAAUUAGAGCUGAAGAACGCAUGGCUAUCAGGACAAAACAUGAGCGCCAUGCCGAUGCUAACAAGUUUAACACUUGAACUCAUAAGAUUAGAUGACAAAAAUCUAACUGAGUUAAAUACAUGUUUCCCAAAUCUUCAAGUUCUUAACUUGAUAGAUGUUAGAGGUCUCAAAAUGCCGAUGAUCCACCUCCUCAACCUGAAAACCUGCCAUUGGGUUGUAAUAGAUUCACCAUCAUAUAUAUGUAUAAUCGCACCCAAUCUCCUCACACUCAGACUCGAGUGUAGAAGUCCCGUUGCCCUUUAUAUUGAAGCUCCUGUGUGUUCCCACUUGCAUCUUGCACUUGAUCACUUGAACGCGUUUGCAGUCAAAAGAUUUAAGAACUUGAAAACUAUACAAUUCGAGUGUUCAAACAUUCGCUCCUUAAUUCGUAAGUUUCAUCGUUUAGAAACAGUAGAAACGCUGACCUUAGAUAUAAGAGCAGGUGGAAAUUCCAAAUUUAACCUAGAGGUUUUAUGUUGUGCUUUCCCGAACAUAACUUAUUUGUUCGGGAAGGAUCAGAUUCCAUAUGAUCAAAAGAAACAAAGAAAAUCAAAUUAA